UAAGUCAUUGUAUUUAUUUCAAUUUUGCACUGUACAUUUUAAAAUUGCCUAUCGUAAAAUUUACUGUGUUUUUCAGAAUAAAAAAAAAUUUAUACUCAUAAAUUAUGCGAAAAAUCACCAUUUUUUUUAUAGCUGUCAUUGUCGUCGAAACGUCGUCUUUGGUCACACAAGGUCUGCCACAUCCACCGGGACUAGGCGACGAUAAUGUGGAUAAGACGCCGCCACGGAACGCAGAAGGAGUUGGUAAAACGGUAUCAUGGGACGCAGAAGCAACACCACCAACCACUCCUAAAUCAAUAAAAGAAAGUUUGAUCAGUCUUUUCGAAGAGAGGCAAAUUCCAAAAGAUUUAACAGAUAUAAUCAUCCGUGCAUCAGAAAUCGAGGAACCCGUUUGUCCUCCAGCUCCAUCUAAGCCUAAGCGAGUCUACAAAGAAACUAAGCCGCGGCGUACAAAAAAAAGUAAAACCCUGCAGAUAGAUUUUGAUUUAUGUUGGUAAAAAACAUCCAAAGAAUAUUUUCAAUCACAGCUAAAAACACUUCGAACUACAAUUCUGAAUUUUCAUAACUCGAUGUUUUAUUCUUAAAAUUCUCAUAUUUUGUGUAUUCUUGGUUUUUUUUUUAUGUUUAAUUUAAUAUUAUGUUUCUUCACCAUUGUGUUUGUAUGUUUAGAUUUUCCCUAACUAACUUAUUUCACAUAACAAUAUGUUUUACCAAUUAUAUUGUAUAGCAUGCUGGUUUGAAAUUUAUUUUUAU